GCGGCGGCGGCGGCGCGAGGGCGGCGGGAGCGGGACGGACCGCGGGGUUCUGUGGGGGCGGUGCCGGGACGGGGCCGGGUCUCCGGGGCCGCACCGCCGGGACCGGGCUCCUCAGGUAGCGGCGAUGGCGGCGGAGCGGGGUUACUGGAGCAGCCUGACUGCACUGCAGAAAGCCGCCCUGCUCCUGGGGGUCCCGGCCGGUGCCACCGUCCUCUACAUCCUGUACCGCCGGUACCGGGAGAGCCGAGAGGAGCGUCUGACCUUCGUGGGAGACGAGGAGCUGGAAAUCGAGGUGCAAGUCCCCCGGGCGGCCGUGAAAUCCAUCAUCGGCCGGAAAGGAGCCACCAUCAAGAAGCUACGGCAGGAGACGGGGGCUCGCAUCAACGUGGAGAGAGAGGAGGAGGGCGAGGAGACGGCGCUGCUGAUCUCGGGCUCCCCCAGCCAAGUCUGCCAGGCGAAAGCCGCCAUCCACCAGAUCGUGACGGAGAGCACCCCGGUGUCGGAGCAGCUCUGCGUGCCCCAGAGAGCCGUCGGCAGGAUUAUCGGCCGGGGGGGUGAGACGGUGCGGGGCAUCUGCCGCAGCUCGGGGGCCAAAGUGCUCUGCGAGCGCGAAGCCGACGCCGGGCUGGCCCCCAUCAGGGUCAUCCAGCUCUCGGGGACGCAGAAGGAGGUGGCGGCCGCCAAGAAACUCAUCAUGGAGAAGCUGAUGGAAGAGGACGCCUUCCGCAAGGAGCUGGCGCAGUCGGCGGUGAAGCGGUGCCAGCGCAAGCAGCCCCUGGGCAGCCGGCGGGAGCUGGAGCCGCUCCCCGACGGGGCACCGGAGCCCAGGGAGGAGGACGGGGGCCCCUCCUGGGGGGAAGGCUCCCUCCUGGGCCAGGAGGAGGUGGAGGAUGAGAGCGAUGAGCUGGAGGAGCCGGCGGCAGGGCCUGACACCGCAGUGCCGAAAUUUGAGGUUCCCAGCCCCGAUUUCAGCUUCCAGGCGGACAAGCACCUGGAGGUUUACGUCUCGGCCACGGAAAACCCCAACCACUUCUGGGUCCAGAUCGUCGGCCACCGCAGCCUGCAGCUGGACAAGCUGACGGCAGAGAUGGGCCAGUACUACCAGAGCUGCGGCCACGCGGCAGAGCUCUCGACCGUGCAGGCCGGGGACAUCGUGGCCGCUCCCUACGCCGACGACGGCGAGUGGUACCGAGCCCGCGUCCUGGGCACGCUGGAGAACGGCAACUUUGACCUUUAUUACGUGGAUUUUGGGGACAACGGGGAGGCCCCCCGCGAGGCGCUGCGAGCCCUGCGGAGCGAUUUCCUGAGCCUGCCCUUCCAGGCCAUCGAGUGCAGCCUGGCCGGGAUCGUGCCCGUUGGGCCCGGCUGGGAAGAGGCAGCGCUGGACGCCUUCGACCGGCUCACCCACUGCGCCCAGUGGAAACCGCUGCUGGCAAAAAUCUCCAGUUACGUCCAGUCCGGGCUCUGCCCGCGGCCCAACGUCCGGCUCUACGACGUCCGCCACGGAGAGAACCUGGACGUCGGCGCGGAGCUGGUGCGGCUGGGCUACGCUGUCCCCGCUCCCCAAGAGGAAGGGGCGGCGGGGGACAGCCCCCAAGAGCCCGCGGCGGAGCCCCCGGGGAACGGCACUGGCGCCUCCCUGGAGCCCCCUGUGUCGGAGCCACGGAAAAGUCCCGCCGAGACCCCCCCGGCCUGCGUCGAUCUCGGGGGUGCCGGUGAUGGCGGCGGGGAUGGUGGCAGCAGUGGUGGGACGGUGAGCAGCACCCCGUGAGCCCCCGCCGGGAUCCGGUGCCCGUCUCCAUCCCGGUUUGACUCCAAUGGUUACCGGCGCUUUUUCUGUCUUAACGGCCACGCUGGCCGCAGGGCCACGUCCCCUCCCCGGGAUAACCGGGGCUCUGCUUGGUUGGAGGGGGCCAAGGGGUGGCGAUGGCGGUGCCACCGUUACCGGUCGGAUCUCCGGGAGCUGCCGGUCCCGGUCACCGGUUCCCCUUGGAUUGUUUUUGCCCCAGCCUGGUUCCGCGGCAAGGGGAAAGCACCACGUUGGUGCCCUGAUUCAAUAAAAUU